AUGCUGACGAAGCUCCAGUUCUCCUUGUCGGUCACCCUGCUGUUUGCCUGUGGCUUCCUCUACCAGUUCACCCUGAAACCCAGCUGCCUCAUCUGCUACUUACCUUCCUACAAGUCCCAGCAGGGGCUGGAAGCCCUCCUAGGCCGUGGGCGCAGCAUCGUGUUCCUAGAGACCUCGGAGAGAAUGGAGCCAACCCCACUGGUCUCCUGUGCUGUGGAGUCAGCUGCAAAGGUUUACCCCGAGCAGCCUGUGCUGUUACUUAUGAAAGGGCUCAAUAAUUCCAUGCAGCUCCCCCCGAACUCCACUUCCCCAGCCCUUUCCCUCCUCUCAGCAAUUGACAAUGUUUUCCUCUUCCCUUUGGAUAUGAAAAGCCUGUUUGAAGACACACCGUUGUUUUCGUGGUACACUCAAAUCAACAGCAGUACCGAGAGAUUCUGGCUCCAUAUCAGCUCAGAUGCGUCCCGCUUGGCCUUCAUCUGGAAGUACGGCGGUGUCUACAUGGACACAGAUGUCAUCUCCAUCAGACCCAUUCCUGAGGACAACUUUCUGGCUGCACAGAAAUCUCAGUUCUCCAGUAAUGGGGUGUUUGGAUUUCUCCCCCACCACCCCUUCCUGUGGGAGUGUAUGGAAAACUUUGUGGAAAAUUACAAUCCAAAUAUUUGGGGCCACCAGGGUCCUGAAUUGAUGACGAGGCUUUUGAGAGUAUGGUGCAAACUCAGAGAUUUCCAGGAGGUGAGUGACCUCAAGUGUUUAAACUUCUCCUUCCUACACCCCCAAAGAUUUUACCCCAUCUCUUUUCGAGCCUGGCGGCGCUAUUAUGAAGUCUGGGAUACAGAACCGAGCUUCAACAAUUCCUAUGCCCUCCAUCUGUGGAACCACAUGAACCGGGAAGGGAAGGCUGUGGUCAGAGGAAGCAAUACACUGGUGGAAAAUCUCUACCGUAAGCACUGUCCCAAGACUUACAGGGACCUGCUUCAAGGUCCAGAGGGGUCAGUGACUAAGGAGCAGGGUCGAGGUAACAAAUAA